CGGGGAAAGUUGUGGCAGCAGACUGAAGUUUUGAGACUUUUGGAGAGGCGCUGGGACGCCGGACACCAUGCAUCCGGAUGUGGUGCUGCUCAUCUUUCUGCUUUGGAUGGUCGUUGUGUCCGGGCAGCCGCGUCCGAAAGGUCAAAUACUGCAGUCAUACAGACACGUCAGGUCGAAAAGAGAGAUGCCUCCGACAAAAGGAUCCAGUCGCAAGAUUGGCAGUCCCAUACUCAAGAGGAGUCCAGACAUAACUAAAGCCUGGGGUACAAAGACAGAGCAUCUGCUGAGGAUAAACGAGCAUGACUUCACAAUGAGGCCAGGAUUUGGAGGGCCUGCAGUCCCAGUUGGAGUGGACGUUCAGGUUGAAAGUUUGGAUGCUAUUUCAGAGGUGGAUAUGGACUUUACUAUCACCCUGUACCUGAGGCACUACUGGAAAGAUGAACGUCUGUCGUUCAGAAGCAACAACAACCACAGCAUGACCUUCGAUAGCCGCCUGGUGAAGAAAAUCUGGGUACCUGACAUGUUUUUCGUCCACUCGAAGAAGUCUUUCACCCAUGACACCACCACUGACAACGUCAUGCUGCGAGUGUACCCGGAUGGUAAAGUCCUCUACAGCCUGAGGGUGACAGUCACGGCCAUGUGUAGCAUGGACCUGAGCCGCUUUCCUCUCGACACUCAGACGUGCUCGUUGGAGAUAGAGAGCUAUGCGUAUACAGAUGAUGACCUGAUGCUGUACUGGAAGGAAGGGAACAGGUCAUUAAACACAGACGAGAGAAUUUCUCUCUCCCAGUUCCUCAUACAGGAGUUCCACACCACCACAAGGCUGGCCUUCUACAGCAGCACAGGCUGGUACAACCGUCUGUACAUCAACUUCACUCUGCGCCGUCACAUCUUCUUCUUCCUGCUGCAGACCUACUUCCCUGCCACUCUGAUGGUCAUGUUGUCUUGGGUGUCCUUCUGGAUCGACCGCAGGGCCGUCCCUGCCAGAGUGCCAUUGGGUAUAACCACAGUGCUCACCAUGUCCACCAUCAUUACCGGAGUCAACGCCUCCAUGCCCCGGGUGUCAUACAUCAAAGCUGUGGACAUUUACCUGUGGGUCAGUUUCGUCUUUGUCUUCCUGUCGGUGAUAGAGUACGCUGCAGUCAACUACCUGUCCACUUUACAAGAACGCAAGGAGAGGAAACUCAGAGACGGGCUGCUGUGUACCUGUGGCAUGACCCAUCCUGGCAUGAUGUCAGCCAGCUACAGUGAGGUGGAUGCCAACACGACAGGAAACUACGGCAUGCCCGAAGUGAACGGCAUUAAACGAGAGAGGAUGCUGGUGCAGCUGGCGAUGGAGAGCGACCAGGUCACCGGUCAUGUUGGCUCCAGUGCUUAUGCCAACAUCUGGAUUGACACACAUGCCAUAGAUAAGUACUCCAGGGUUGUCUUUCCUGGAUCUUACAUCCUCUUCAACAUCAUCUACUGGUCUAUCUACUCCUAACACAGAUGGGACUCAAACAGACCUGUGGGUAACACAAGUCUCGACACUUGUAGCAGACAGUAAAGUCACUUUUCAAAGUGGUUAGCAGAUGUUGCAGUAGAGUGAAGACAUGUGCACUACACUUGCAGAUUCAAGCUUUUGUGUCUUCAAUCUGAAAGAAAAUAGAACAUGAAGUACAUCAGUGCUCAACACAUCUGCUUCACCUCAGAUGGGUCUCAACAGAACCUCAGAGAACCUGGGAACAACAGGACAUCAGAGGGAAAACCAGAAAACAUUUCUCCAUAAAAUAUG